AUUCAAGUUUUUAGUGCAGGGAAGGUUUUGUGGGAGAAACAAUCCGAAUUUGAAAAAACUCUCUUUUCACAGAAGUUUAGAUUUUGUGUAGUUUCUUUCUGCUUUUAGAAACCAGGGAAUGACAAGUUUUGCCUCACUUGUGGAGCUUAGUAACUGAAACAAAAACUUUUCUGACACGUUUUUGGACAGUCAUUUAAAAGUGAAAAUUUCCAGUUUUGCACUGGUACUGCUUUAUUUUUAAGGACUAAACAAUGGCCAUCUAUUGUGGAAUUGCUUACAGGAGAAAAUCCUUUUGGUGUUAUAGGCUGCUCUCAACCUAUGUCACUAAGAUGCGGUAUCUGUUUGAACUGAAGGAAGAUGAUGACGCAUGUAAAAAAGCCUUGCAGACUGGAGCAUUUUACCUCUUUCAUAACCUGUCUCCAAUGCUUCAGAAAUCAGAACCUCAAUACCUGGUGCCCAAGUAUAGCCUACUAGAGUUGGAAAGGCUUCUGGGUAAACUUGGACAGAAUACACAAAGAAUCGAAGACUCAGUGUUGAUUGGAUGCUCAGAACAGCACGAUGCCUGGUUUGCACUGGAUAUAGGUCUAAAUCACUCUUCUUCUAUAAAUGCUUCCUUACAGAAACCUGAAAUGGAGACUGAGCUCAGGGGGUCUUUCAUGGAUCUGAGGAAGGCUUUCCUUCAGCUGAAUGCAAAGGAUGUCUCCUUGCUAUCCACGGCUCAAGCCCUUCUUCGUUGGCAUGAUGCACAUCAGUUCUGCAGCAGAAGUGGGCAGCCCACCAAGAAGAACGUGGCUGGCAGCAAGCGUAUAUGCCCUGCCAACAAUAUUAUCUAUUAUCCACAGAUGGCUCCUGUGGUGAUCACUCUGGUGUCAGAUGGACCUCGAUGUCUCCUUGCCCGCCAGAGUUCCUUUCCCAAGGGAGUAUAUUCUGCUCUGGCAGGUUUUUGUGAUAUAGGUGAAAGUCUGGAAGAGACAGUCCGGCGGGAAGUUGCAGAAGAAGUGGGAUUGGAGGUAGAAAGACUGCAGUACUCUGCAUCCCAGCAUUGGCCCUUUCCUAAUAGCUCUCUCAUGAUUGCCUGCCAUGCAACUGUGAAACCAGGUCAGACCAAGAUCCAUGUAAACUUGCAAGAACUAGAGGCAGCUGCCUGGUUUAGUCAUGAAGAGGUGGCCACAGCCCUGAGGAGAAAUGACUCAUAUACUCUGCAACAGAAUAUAACUCCCCCCCUGCGGUUGCCCCCCAAGUUUGCCAUUGCCCACCAGUUGAUCAAGGAGUGGGUAGAAAACCCAGCUUGUCCGAGCCUGCCUGCUUAGCUCAGAUUAAAGCACUAGAUUCAUUCUCAGUAUACCAGAGGGGUCUAUCAGAGAUGAGUUUAUGAAGGGGAGGUGACAAAAGGCCACCUCCAGGCCAACCUCAUAGUCAUGCAGAGCAGGUGGUGACAGACCUCUAGAGUGUUAGAAGUUCCUGCUAGGUACGUCAGAGUGCCAGCAGAAGAGAAACUGCUAAGAGCUGCGAAAAUCAGAGCGAAGGUUGAGGCACUCAUCUGUACGUCUGUAGACCCUUGUUCACUCAUUCUCGCCUAGGCCUCGGGAGGAUACACCUUUUGGCAUGUGACUUGUUAAGGCUGGAUUUCUACCAGCUUCCAAAAUGUACCUGGUUAUGAUUAAAACUUUAAAUCUUGAAAAUAUAUAGCCAAUCUCCACUUACUGAGUUAUUUUUUAACCUUCAGAAUUGAAAUAGCAAACAUGACAUUUAAAAAUUAUCUUGUGCAUGACAGUUCAAUAAAAGAUAUUUACAAUACCCAAGGGUAUAAUGAGAGCAGGAAGUAAGAUUUUCCUGAAAAUAGUCUAACGAGUCAGAUGCGGUGAUGUCCUGUAAAGGUGAUUACAUCCUAAUGCGAUUCCAGAUACUAUUUUUUUUUUUUUGGCUGUUAAAAAUGACUGCUACUGGGGUAGUAGUGUGCCAGGUUAAGCACGCAUAGUGUAAAGUGCAAGGACUGGUGCAAGGAUCCCAGUUCAAGCCCCCGGCUCCCCACCUGCGGGACGGGGGGUGGGGGUCGCUUUGCAAGUGGUGAAGCAGGUCUGCAGGUGUCUUAUCUUUCUCUCCCCCUCUCUGUCUUCACCUCCUCUCUCAAUUUCUUUGUUGUAUCCAACAACAGUAACAGCAACAACAAUGGGGAAAAGAUGGCUGCCAGGAGCAGUGGACUCGGUGCUGGCACUGAGCCCCAGCGAUAACCUGAGGUUAAAAAAAAAAAAAAAGGCUGCUACCAUUUGUACACUCAGUAAACUCAAUAUACAAUGUUGUAACUUCAACUAAAUGACUAGCGAGGAUGAACCAUUUCUUAAGUAUUAUGGGAUAAAUGUAGGAUUAAUCAUUAGUCACAUGCUAUUCUGUACCUUGGGGUGGGGUGAGGAAUUUAUCUGGAGAAAAUAAAAUCUUCACCUCUUUGUUUA